CGGCGUUAACCUCAUCCCAGGAAGGCAUGUAAUAAGAAAUCGCCUACAGCGGCGGCAUAUUGAUCUAGCAAUCGGCCGGUAGUUUUCGAUGCAGACAUGACGCCGUGGUUCGUUUAGGGUUUCCAGUUGCACAUUCACUCUAUGACGAGCAACUACGGUACUUGGUUACAUUCCAUGCCGACCGACACGACAACCCUCGUUGUGGCCUACGUCGUCUACGCCAUCUGCUUCUUGUUGAUGCCCCUGCGCCUGUUCGCAACAUAUACACGGACCCACCGAUGGCGGACAGACGACUACUGGAUGGCUUUUGCGCUUUGCGUCCUCAUCGUCCGCGCGGUGGCUACGCCGAUAGUGCUCAAUAAUCGCACCAACAACUUUGGGAGUGGCCAGGAGGUCAUGUCCGAGGGGGAAAUCGGGAGGCGGGAGUUUGGGAGCAAAAUUGUCAUUGUUGUGCGGGCGUGCUAUGCCGUCUUCAUUUGGUGCAUGAAAUUCUGCGUGCUCGCGUUUUAUGGCAGGAUUGUGGUGCAAUUGAGGCAGUAUGAGAGGUUCAUCAAGCCGCUGUGGGUAGUGUUGGCCGCAACAUUUGUGGCUGCUAUCUUGAGUACGUUUUUGGAGUGGCAAGUCCUCCCUUCACCCAGCCACCAUUGCACCACCUCCGAGAUACAACUCUACACGACCGGCGCCUGCAACCUCACAACCGACCUGCUGCUACUAGGCUUCAUCCUUCCCAUAAUCCUACGUCUCAACCUACCGCUACGCACCAAGAUCCAGAUCGCCACGCUCUUCUCCCUUGGCGUCUUCGUCAUGAUCAUCACCAUCAUCCGGCUACCCUUCGUGGUGCGGAACCAGGCGCUGCAGCAGUGGCGGACAUUGUUUGCGAAUUUCGAAAUCCUAGCCUCGUGCAUCGUCGCCAAUGCUCCGGUUCUGUACAGGAUCAUCAAGGACACUGGGUACAAAUCGUCUGGCGGCAGCAGUGAUACCCCCCGUGAGGGAGGCGGAUACGUCUUCGAGGCGAAUAGAGGGCAGAGGCGCGGUGGGAUUAUGUCGAGUGAGCUCGGGAGUGGGAUCGGGAGGAGAGGCAGCUUGGGGAUCGGGAGCUUGAUGGAGAGCGCGAGGAGGGGCAGCGUCAAGCCGGCUGUACCGCUGGCGGAAGAUGUUGCACCGGUGGAAGAGAAGCAGGAGGAAUUAGAAUCGAAUUCUACAUGAUCUAUUUCCACCCAUCCAACCAGCGAGCCGAUAGACA